AUGGCCUCGUCACGUCCCGCUCAUGGCGGUGAAAAGAUCAACGUCCUCUUCUGCUGCCUCGGCAACAUCUGUCGCUCACCUAUGGCGCUUGCAGUGUUUGAACACACCGCAGUCCAAGCAGGCGUGCGCGAUCGCUUCGGGACGCUCGACAGCGCCGGUACAGCCCACUACCACACUGGAGAGGAGCCGGACGAACGAACCAUCGACCUUUUGGAACGUCGCAACAUUCCCUACGAUGCGCAGAACUUCGCCCGCGGCGUCACGGGCAAGGACUUCGACACGUUCGACUACAUAUUUGGAAUGGACACCAACAACGUGCGCAACCUCCAGCGCAUGCAGCCCAAACAUUCCAAAGCCCAAGUUAGACUUUUUGGAAGCGUAGAAGAUGGUCAGCCAAUUGCGGAUAGUUACUACACCGGCGACUUCGAGGCAACUUACAAGCAGAUCUUCCGCUACUCUCACGCUUUUCUUCGCGAGCUCGGAUUGAGCAACGGUGGUCACGCCAAGUCGUAG